AUGUCCCCAGGACGAAGUCUCGAACGCGCCAGCGCAGUGGCUCUGGGCCUCGUUGCCUCGGCCUCCCUGGUGGCUGCUGGGCCCUGUGACAUUUAUUCCUCCGGCGGCACGCCCUGUGUCGCUGCGCACAGCACCACUCGGGCCCUAUACAGCAGCUACACCGGCCCACUGUAUCAAGUGAAACGUGGCUCUGACGGUACCACGACGGACAUCUCCCCUCUCGCCGCCGGAGGUGUUGCCAAUGCCUCCGCCCAAGACUCCUUCUGUGCCGGCACGACCUGCCUGAUCACGAUCAUUUAUGACCAGUCGGGUCGCGAUAAUCAUCUCACCCAGGCCCCACCGGGCGGCUUUAAGGGUCCGGAAUCCAAUGGCUACGACAACCUGGCGAGCGCGGUGGGUGCACCAGUCACCCUGAAUGGUCACAAGGCGUAUGGCAUCUUUAUGUCGCCUGGCACCGGAUAUAGCAACAAUGCUGCCAGUGGCACAGCUACCGGUGACGAGGCGGAAGGCAUGUACGCGGUCCUGGAUGGCACUCACUACAACGGUGCCUGCUGCUUCGACUACGGUAAUGCCGAGAUCAGCAGCACAGAUACGGGUAAUGGCCACAUGGAGGCUAUCUACUAUGGCGACAACACCGUCUGGGGAAGUGGCGCUGGCAGUGGUCCUUGGAUUAUGGCCGAUCUCGAGAACGGCCUGUUCUCUGGCUCCAGUCCUGCUAACAACGCUGGCGACCCAUCCAUUUCCUACCGGUUCGUCACUGCGGUCGUCAAGGGGGAGGCGAACCAGUGGUCGAUUCGCGGUGCAAACGCUGCAUCCGGCGCACUAUCGACGUACUAUAGUGGCACGCGCCCAAGUGCUUCUGGUUACAAUCCAAUGAGCAAAGAAGGCGCCAUCAUUCUUGGGAUCGGUGGUGACAAUAGCAAUGGUGCCCAGGGCACAUUCUGCGAGGGUGUGAUGACCUCCGGAUAUCCGUCCGAUGCCACUGAGAACUCGGUGCAGGCGGAUAUCGUAGCUGCCAAAUACGCCGUCACAUCACUGACCAGUGGUCCGGCGCUCACUGUCGGAUCCUCAGUCUCGCUGCAAGCCACAACAGCCGGCUACACGACUCGCUACAUCGCACACGACGGCUCUACGGUCAACACCCAGGUUGUCUCGUCGACAAGCACCACCGCCUUGAAACAACAGGCUAGCUGGACCGUUCGCACGGGCCUGGCUAAUAGUGCCUGUUUUUCGUUUGAGUCUGUCGACACUCCUGGCAGCUUCAUCCGGCACUACAACUUCGCGCUCCUCCUCAAUGCCAACGAUGGCACGAAGCAGUUUCACGAAGACGCCACGUUCUGCCCACAGGCCGGUCUCAAUGGCAAGGGCAAUUCGGUUCGAUCCUGGAGCUAUCCCACACGCUACUUUCGCCACUACGAAAACGUUCUUUACGCCGCGAGUAACGGUGGCGUUCAGACAUUCGACGCGACCACCUCAUUCAACGAUGACGUGAGCUGGGUGGUCAGCACCGGCUUCGCUUAA